AUGUUAAAGUCAUUAUCCAAACUUACACCCUCAAUUAGAGGAGUGGUUUCAAUAAACAGAAGUUUUUGCACCAAAAAAUUCUUACCUACAAAUAGAUCAGUCAGUGAAUCAGAUCCAGAGAUUUAUGAUUUAAUGAUGAAAGAGAAACAAAGACAAUUUACAGGUUUAGAAUUAAUUGCUUCUGAAAAUUUUACAUCUAGAGCAGUUAUGGAAUCAAUUGGAUCAUGUUUUACAAAUAAAUAUGCAGAGGGUUUACCAGGUGCAAGAUAUUAUGGUGGUAAUGAAGUUGUUGAUCAAUUAGAGAAUUUAUGUAUUAAAAGAGCAUUGGAAACAUUUAAUUUAAAUCCAGAAGAAUGGGGUGUAAAUGUACAACCAUAUAGUGGCAGUACUGCUAAUUUUGCUGCUUUCACUGGUUUAUUAAAACCACAUGAUCGUAUAAUGGGUUUAGAUUUACCAUCUGGUGGUCAUUUAACACAUGGUUAUCAAACAGAUAAAAAAAAAAUUAGUGCAACUAGUAUUUUCUUUGAAUCAAUGCCAUAUCAAGUUAAUGAAACAGGUUAUGUAGAUUAUAAUAAGAUGGAGGCAAAUGCAGCAUUAUUUAGACCAAAACUUUUAAUUGCAGGUGCAUCAGCAUAUCCAAGAGAAUGGGAUUAUGAAAGAAUGAGAAAGAUUGCUGAUAAACAUGGUGCCUAUUUACUUUGUGAUAUGGCACAUAUUAGUGGUAUGGUCGCAGGUAAACAAGCAAUUUCACCUUUCCUUUUCUGUGAUGUUGUAACCACAACCACCCAUAAAACUUUAAGAGGUCCACGUGCUGGUCUUAUCUUUUUCAGAAAGACUAAACGUAGAGAUGCCAAAGGUAACAUCAUCGAUGAUGACCUCGAAAAUAGAAUUAACUUUGCAGUUUUCCCAUCUUGUCAAGGUGGUCCACACGAAAAUACUAUCGCUGGUAUUGCUGUCGCUUUGAAGGAAGCCUCAUCUCCAGAUUUCCAAGAAUAUACUAAACAAGUCAGAAGAAACUCUCAAACCAUGGGCGAAGAACUCAAAAAGAGAGGUUAUUCACUCGUAACCGAAGGUACCGAUAAUCAUUUAGUUCUUUGGGAUCUUAGACCACAAGGUAUCACUGGCAGUAAAAUUGAAAAGGCUUGUGACGAAGCUCAUAUCACUGUAAAUAAAAAUGCUGUCUAUGGUGAUACAAAUGCAAUCGCUCCUGGUGGUGUACGUUUAGGUGCUCCUGCUCUCACAAGCAGAGGUCUCAAAGAACAAGACUUUGUUAAAGUCGUCGAUUUCUUAGAUCGUGUCGUUAAAAUCUCUUUAGAUAUCCAAUCAAAAGUUGGUAAGAAAAUGCCAGAUUUCCAAAGAGCAAUCGCUGAUAAUCAAGAUUUAAAACAAAUUAGACAAGAAGUUAAAGAAUUCUCUACUAAAUUUGGUAUGCCAGGUGAAUUAUAA